AUGAGCUCGAGCUCUGUUAACAGUAACGGUGCCCUGGAGGAGUUCUCAGUGCAUCGGGUGAAGAAGGAAGAGGUCGAGUCUAAGAUUGCGGCCUGGCAGACCGCGGAGAUUGCCAAGAUUAACAACAGGUUUAAGAGAGAGGACGUGAUCAUUAAUGGGUGGGAGGGUGAGCGGACGGAGAAGGCCAGUUCCUGGUUGAAGAAAGUAGAGAGGAAAUUGGACGAGCAGAGGGCGAGGGCGAUAGAGAAGAUGCAGAACGACGUGGCGAAAGCGCGGAGGAAGGCGGAGGAGAGGCGGGCGUCGGCGGAGUCGAAGAGGGGGACCAAGGUUGCUAAGGUGCUGGAAGUCGCAAAUUUGAUGAGGGCUGUGGGUAGAGCUCCGUCGAAGAGAUCUUUCUUCUAGCGACUCGUGUUUCCUUCUGUGUUAAAGUCUGAGUGAUGAAUGUACGUAGGAGAAUAACGAGAGAUUGGAUUGUGUUGUGAACUUUGGAUGUUUGAAGACUUCAAUUUUGUGAUGGAUGAUGAUGAUUCUUGUGUGCGUGUCUUGAUUUUUUUUU